GCAAGACCUGCCACCAUGCAGGGUGAAGACAGCAGUGGGGCCGCCCCAGAGGACAGCAUCCCCCUGAUCAGCAUUCACUCUUGUGAGGACUGUCCUGGCCACUCCCGAGAAAGGCCCACCUCCGCUGGACCCAUGCAAUCUCCCUGUCUCCUGUGGGCGCCCCGCUGCCCAGCGGAGGAGGCCCAACACCCUUCUCCACACCUGACCGCAACCAGGCCGCCCUGGGACUAUGUGUUCGUGACCAGCCUCAACCAGAAGCCCCAGAAGCAAGAUCGCCUGCACAAGCUGCUGGAGAAGUUGGCCAGAAAGGGCUUCCAGUACAAGGAGAUGCAGUGCCAGCGUAAGAAGUACUUCGCGAUCCGAGCCAAGGACACGCCCUUCCUGCAGCACUGCCAACUGCUCAUGGCGCCCGAGGGGCCUGCGCGCCAGGCACAGCUCGCCACGGACUCCACGCUAGAAACCACACGGAUCCGCCUUAUCUACACCUUCAUCGAGGGCAGCGCAAAGACUGACGACGAGGACUUCUGUAAGUUGAAGAAGGCCCGGGUCUUUGAGGACGGGUUUUUCUUGCACACGAUGCUGGCUGGCCCCCAGGAGGGGCCUGGAGAGGGACCUGCAGGUGGGCUGAGCCCACAGCUCUUGAAGACGGAGGAGAAACUGAGGAAGUGGGCCCAGUGGAGAAAUAUGUUCCAGAGGCAGCCGGUCGAUGCUAUCAGGGACUACUUUGGUGAGAAGGUGGCACUGUACUUCGCCUGGCUUAGCUGGUACACGUGGAUGCUGGUGCCCGCGGCAGUGGCCGGUCUCAUAGUCUUCCUGAGCGGCUUCGCCCUGUUCAAUGCCAGCCAAAUCAGCAAGGAGAUCUGUGAGGCCCACGACAUCAUCCUGUGUCCCCAGGGAGACCACCUCCACCAGGCCCAGCGGCUUUCAGACACCUGCACCUUCGCCAAGCUCACCCACCUCUUUGACAACGAGGGCACCGUGGUGUUUGCCAACUUCAUGGCUCUCUGGGCCACCGUGUUCCUGGAAGUCUGGAAAUGGAAGCAGGCCUGUGUGACACAUCGCUGGAAUCUGAGUGGCUGGGACCAGGAUGAGGAGGAGAUGAUGAUGAUGAAGAUGAGCUGCCCCCAGAGGCGCUGCAGCUUUCAAUGGCACUCCUUGCUGCGAAACGCUGUCGUCCUCCUCCUGUCUCUCUUCAUGAUCUGUGUCAUGAUCGGCAUGGCUCACGUCCUGGUUGUCUACCGUGUCCUGGCUGCGGCCCUCUUCAGCCACUGGGCCUCACCCCUGCUGGCAGGGCAUGUGACCACCGCUGUGGUGGUCUCGGGGGCCCUUGUGCACUAUGUGACCAUCGUCAUCAUGACCAAGAUCAACAGGUGUGUGGCCCUGAAGCUCAGUGAGUAUGAGUGGCCCAGAACCUUCUCAGAUUUCCAGAGCAAGGUCACGGUCAAAUUCUUCAUGCUCCAGUUUUUUGCCCAUUUCUCCUCCCUCAUCUACAUCGCCUUCAUGGGCGCCACUGAGACACUGGCGCCCAGAUGCCAUCUCAGCGGCUGCAUGAUGGACCUGUUCGUGCAGAUGGCCGUGAUCAUGGGACUGAAACAGACACUGAGCAGCUGCGUGGAGUACCUGAGCCCGUGGAUUCGAAACAAGUGGCGCUCCUACAAGUUCGGCCCCCUGUCCACGGACCCCGAGCUGAAGGAGUGGCAGCGGAAUUACCUCCUGGACCCGGUCACCACCUUCAGCCUGUUCGAUGAGUUCAUGGAGAUGAUGAUGCAGUAUGGCUUCACCACGCUCUUCGUGGCCGCCUUCCCGCUGGCCCCGCUGCUCGCGCUGUUCAGCAACCUCGUGGAGAUCCGCCUGGACGCCAUCAAGAUGGUGAGGCUGCAGCGGCGCCUCAUCCCUCGCAAGGCCAAGGACAUUGGGACGUGGCUGCAGGUGCUGGAGACCAUCGGCGUGCUGGCGGUCAUCUCCAAUGGGCUGGUCAUUGCUGUUACCUCCGAGUUCAUCCCAAGAGUGGUUUACAUGUACCACUAUGGUCCAUGCCAGUGGAAGGACUGCCCUCCCAUGGACUGCCUCACUGGCUACGUCAACCACAGUCUGUCAGUGUUCCAAAUCAAGGACUUCGAGAGACCUCUGCAGGCAGAGAGCUGGGAAACUGUGACUGAGUGCAGGUACCGGGAUUACCGCAAUGGCCACAAGGAGCACUACAGCCUCUCCAAGAAGUUCUGGUUCCUUCUGGCCAUCAGACUGGUCUUCCUCAUCCUCUUCGAGCACGUGGCCUUGUGCAUCAAGCUCAUUGCUGCCUGGUUCGUGCCCGACGUCCCUCAGAAGGUGAAAAACACAGUUCUCAUAAACAAGUUCCAGAGGGUCCAGGAGAAGAUGCACCAGGAGACAUACCGGCAACAGUCGGGGGGGCCAGAAUCCCCCUUGGCGUCCAGCUCCUACCCCAAGAGCACAGCUGUGUAGGCUUCUGGAGGGGCCUUUGCGGGCACUGAAAGCUGCGGCCCCCUGCUUAUGCCUGUGGGGAGGGGACUGGGAAGACCUGUG